AUGAACGAUCCGAUUAGCGGUAAAUAUCAACAAUGUUCAACCGUUACCGAUUAUAAACUGGCCAUAAAUAGCCAAUAUAUUUGUCUAACAUUUUUUGGUCAAAUUGAUGGUAAACCAGAGCACAGGUAUCUAAAUUUAGGUAACAGUAUUAGUCUAGAAUCUAGAUAUCUAGCACAAAUUUUGUUGACAAACAAUAACCUAACAUGGUUGGGUCAACAUAUAUUUGUUACAUUACAUCCAUGGGAUGAAACUGUAUACGAAAUAUUUAGGCGCGGUUCGGCCAUAUUGAAUGUCCAAUCGGGUACACUGUGCUACAUGAGCUAUAAAAAAAUUUUAGUCAAACACACAGGUGCUGGACAACAACAACAACAAUGUCUGAAAAAUUAUUAUCAAGAUGAAUGUCGGGCACAAUGCGUUAUUAAUAGAUAUAUAUCCAAAUUUCAAAUGUAUCCAGGUACUAUACUAUAUUAUGGUCAAUUAGUGGCUGCUGGAUCAAAUUUAUUGUUUUCACCUGGUUCGUAUACAAAUAAAUCUAUUGAAUACGGUUGUUACCAAAAGUGUUUAGCUAGUAAUAAUAAUAAUAAUAAAAAUCAUCAAUGUCAAUCGACAUUUUAUUCGGUAACAUUCGAUAAAGAUUAUCUGGAUGAAUUUAUUGCAAAACAACGUAUGAAAAAUACGUAUAUAUUGUACGUUAAUUAUCCGCCAGAACCGACAACUGUCUACGAAUUAUAUCUGAAAAUGCCAGUCGAAGAAUAUCUAUGUCUAAUGGCAUCCAUAUUUGGUCUAUGGUUUGUAUUUAUAUUUUCAAAUAACUGUUUUGCAGAAAAUUUAAACAAUCGAUUAGAUUGUUAUAUUGAAAAUGACUUUCAUGUGGACAAACAGUCGUGUGAAUUGCGUAACUGUAUUUGGGAUCCCAAUCCCCGACCACAGGGUAUUCCCAUAUGUUAUUUGGACCCAAAACUGGUCGGCUAUCGAGUAGUAGUCGACUCAGUAAAGCCAACCGAUUCGGGUCUAGAUCUGGAUCUACAGCUCAAAGAUACGGCCCGUCGAACGUUAACCGAACCGUCCGUAGAAUUGUUAAAAUUUUCGGUCAAAUAUAUGACCGAAAAUAUCCUGAGAUUUACGCUCAGAGAUGCCAAACAUCGCCGAUAUGAAGUACCCAUUCAGUCGACAUUCAAUUUGUUGGAUUCAGAGGAAAUGGAUGCCAAUCGGCGCCAGUAUUCACUGGAUUUGGGCACCAAUUUGACUGACUUUCAGUUUGCAAUUACCCGAAAAUCAACAAAAACUAAAUUAUUUGAUACAUCAAUAGGUGGACUAAUAUAUUCCGAUCAAUUUGUACAGUUGGCCACAAAUUUGGCCACCGAUCGGGUAUACGGUUUCGGUGAAAAUCUACAUCAAACACUCAGACACAAUAUGGCCUACAAAACGUGGUCAAUGUUCGGUAGGGAACCGGGAGGCAUACGUGAUAACUAUCCGCAUAAUCUAUACGGUAUUCAACCAUUUUAUACGGUACUGGAAACGGAUGGCAAAGCGCAUGGAGUACUGUUCCUCAACAGCAAUGUUAUGGACUAUACACUACUACCCGAACCGGGAUUGGCGUUGAAGUCGGGCGGCGGUAUUCUAGACUUUUUCCUGUUUAUGGGCGACAAUCCCGAACACGUUAUCCAAUUGUAUACAUCGGUGAUUGGCCGCACUCAUAUGCCACCAUUUUGGGCACUAGGCUAUCAACUGUGUCGGUAUGGUUUCAAAAAUACCAGUCACGUAAAGCAAACCAUUGACCGUAACUUACGUGAAUCGAUACCAUUGGAUGUCAUGUAUGUCGACAUCGACUAUAUGAACCGUUUCCGUGACUUUACCUACGAUACGGUAGCAUUCAAUGGUCUACCGGAGCUGAUGGGGGAUACCAGACAUCAAAACGGUAUACGCUGGACACUGGUCAUCGAACCGCAUGUCGAAGCUAGCUUAAGGAAAAACUACUCGACCUUUGACCUGGGCUACACUGAUAACGUAUUUGUCCGAUGGGAUCCAACGGUACCGGUUAAGGACAGACACUAUCCUCAUGAUGUACCUCUAGAUAAAGGUAUAUACUAUGGUCAUAUGUGGCCCGACGGACCGGUAGCCUAUGUCGACUGGUUUGCCAAUCGUACCGACCAAUGGUGGGCCAAUCAGAUCCGCCAGUUUCAUAGUGUACUACCGUUUGACGGCUUAUGGACGGACAUGAAUGAACCGGUAGACUCGUCCGGUAUGAAAUGUCCUAAAAACAAGUACGACUAUCCACCGUUUAGAUCAGACGCCUUGUAUGCUGGUCCACAAUUGUCUGCCUGGACAAUGUGUAUGGUAUGCCGAUUAGGGUCGUCGACCACUAGCCAGGAGGAUGAGUACCUGCACUAUGAUGUUCACAAUAUCUAUGGCCUAAAACAGUCGAUAAGUACCAAAAAUGCUAUACAGUCGACAACUGGCAAACGCGGUAUGCUAUUAUCACGUAACACUUAUGUAACAUCCGGCCGUUACGCUGCCCAUUGGUUGGGCGAUAAUGCAUCCAAAUGGACACACUUGAGGAACUCCGUAAUCGGAAUGCUAGAGUUUAACAUGUUUGGCAUCAAUUUUGUAGGGGCCGACAUAUGCGGAUUCAAUGAGCAGACAACUGCCGAACUGUGUCUCCGGUGGCACCAAUUGGGCGCUUUCUAUCCGUUCAGCCGUAACCAUAACGAACAGUCCAACACUGACCAGGACCCGGCUGUCUGGGCCGAUCGCGGUCAUCGGGAGGUUACCGAUGCUGCCCGAUCGUCGCUACAAUUACGCUAUCAACUGCUACCACAUUUGUAUACACUAUUCUAUAGGUCACAUCUAAACGGUGGUACAGUUGCCCGACCAAUGUUUCACGAGUGGCCACUCGACCCGAUUAUCCACGACAUUGACCAGCAAUUUCUGUGGGGCUCCAGUAUACUAAUAUCGCCCAUCAUGUAUGAGAAUAAAACCGAAAUCAAUGGUUAUCUACCGCCCGGUGACCGAUGGUAUGAAGUUCGACCUCAAUUCAAACGCGUGGCCACUACUGGCCGGGUACUGAUACCGGAUACCCAAUCGGGUACACCGCCCGUACAUUUUCGAGGCGGUUCAAUAAUACCGAUGGUUAGCGACCAUCGACUAGUCAGUACAACUGGCCAGCGGGAAACGUUUCGCCGGCUAAAUUUGAUUGUAUUGCCUAUCAAUAGUAGUAGUGGACAGUCGGCUGUCAGUAAUUAUCGGGCUUCGGGUGAACUAUUUUGGGACGACGGCGAUAGUAUCGGUAUCAUUGAUGACAAUAAAUACAAUUUAUAUAGAUUUGAAUUGACAAACUGUUUGCUAAACAUAACGGUGCUUAAGAGUGGACUCCUGUCAACUGGUGUACCGGUGCCCAUUAUAAACAAGAUAGUAGUAGUAGAUACCGAUCCCAGUGGCCAAGUAUUGGCUACACUUAACGAUAGCCCAGUAAAAGCCAGUCACCAGUCAGCGGGUACUGAGAUUGAACUAAAUCUUCAAUUGGACGGCCAGUUGUCUAAGGAGUGGACAAUCAAGUGGUCGAUUGUGUCGGACAAUGACUACAACACUAAUACUACAGGUGCGCCAAAAUGCGAUAUAUUAUGAAUGAAAAAUA